UGUCUGUAAAUACUUGGGGAUCCAGACAGGGCCUCUCACCAGGAGCAGGACACCAGGGGAACAAUAGAUUCCUGAAAAACCUUAAAAUUAAGACCAAUGCCUAAGGUUCCCUUCUAGAUGCCACAGCUUGGGAUGUUAAAAAGAAAGUAUUUUUCGUCAUCGCUAGUGACGGCAGAAAUGAAACAAUUCAGCCUCAGAAGUUUGAGAUUAUAUCUAUAGAGGCAAAAAGAUGGAUGAGAUCUCUGGGGGCCCUUGCCGGAAUCCAACCCCAAGGGCCAGGAUCUCACUCUUCCCAAAGUAUCAGUUCCCCUGACACUUCCUGCUGCUUUUAUCCCCAGGAUGGCAUCAGGCAGGACACGUUGCACCCGGAAGCUCCGGAACUGGGUGGUGGAGCAGGUGGAGAGCGGGCAGUUCCCAGGAGUGUGCUGGGAAGAUGCGGCCAAGACCAUGUUCCGGAUUCCCUGGAAGCACGCAGGCAAGCAGGACUUCCGGGAGGAUCAGGAUGCCGCCUUCUUCAAGGCCUGGGCGAUAUUUAAGGGAAAGUACAAGGAGGGGGACUCGGAAGGCCCUGCUAUCUGGAAGACUCGUCUGCGCUGUGCUCUGAACAAGAGUUCUGAGUUCCAGGAGGUUCCUGAGAAUGGCCACAGGGAUGGGGCUGAGCCCUACAAGGUGUACCGGCUGCUGCCACCUGGAACCCUCCCCGCUCAGCCAGGGACCCAGAAAUCACCAUCAAAGCGACACCACAGUUCUGUGUCCUGUGAGAGGAAGGAGGACGAGGUUACCACGAAGAACUGCAUACUCAGCCCCUCCUUGCUCCAGGACCCCCUCAAAAAUGAGCUGGUGGAGACCAGUGGGGGAACAGCCUAUUCAGACUCCGGGAGCAGCAGCAACAGCCCUGAGCCUCAGGAAGGUAGGGACACAGCUGAGGCCCCUCUCCAAGGAGAUCUGGUGUCCCCAGAGCUUCUGCCCCCUCCAGGUUCAGACUACUCCCUGCUGCUCACCUUCAUCUACGAGGGGCGCGUGGUGGGUGAGGCCCAGGUGCAGAGCCUGGACUGCCGCCUCGUGGCUGAGCCCUCGGGCUCCCAGUGCGGCAUGGAGCAGGUGAUAUUUCCCAAACCCGGCCCGCGAGAGCCCACCCAGCGCUUGCUGAGCCAGCUCAAGAGAGGGGUCCUGGUGGCCAGCAACUCCCGAGGCCUCUUUGUGCAGCGCCUUUGCCCCAUCCCCAUCUCCUGGAGCGCGCCCCAGGCUCCACCUGGUCCAGGCCCGCACCUGCUGCCCAGCAACGAGUGCGUGGAGCUCUUCAGAACCGCCUAUUUCUGCAGAGACCUGGCCAGGUACUUCCAGGGCCUGGGCCCCGCACCCGAGUUCCAGGUGACACUGAAUUUCUGGGAGGAGAGCCCUGGCCCCAACCACACCCCACAGAGUCUUAUCACAGUGCAGAUGGAGCAGGCCUUUGCCCGACAUUUACUGGAGAAGACUCCAGAGGAUCAGGCAGCCAUCCUGUCCCUGGUGCAGAGCCUGGAGGACCCGCCUCCUUUUCCUCUCUCUGUUCCACCCAUCUGCUUUGAGAGAGCCUCUUCCUCCACGCUCUCGACCUGCCUCCCAUGUUACUUUGCUCCAGGCCCCCUGAACCCACCAGACAUUUCUGCCUCAGGACCUUUGCACUUGCUGGUUCUUUUGACUAAAACACUCUUCCUUCAGGUCCUAAGCACCUUAAGGGCAGGUGCCCCCACUUUAUCAUAUUUGUGCCCCAGCGUGAACACUUGUGAACACUGACAAUAUAUGUACAGUGAUCGAAACAAUUUGUAAGUAUCAUGUAGAGACCAAUUUAGCCAAGCACCAUGGAAUAGGGAUUGGGAACACUGGAAUUCAAAAGAGCAGAGUUCCCAACCAGGCUGCCACUAAGGAGCUGUGUGGUCUGGAACAAACAGUCCAUAUGGGCCUCUGUUUUCUCAUCUGUAAAGGCAAGUCUUGGACUAGAUUUUGAAAUCCCGUUCAGCCUUGAUAUUCUGUGGUGGUAAAUUUAGGGCAAUUGCACAUUCCUCUGACAAACAUUUGCUGAGCUAAGUUUCAGGCACUAAUGGAAAAAACAAGAACCUCUCAAGAGUUCCCAGAUUGAAGGAACAAAAUAAAAUAGGGUCAGCUUGGCUGCAAUAAGAGCUGAGUCUUUUUUUUUUUUUAAUUAGACUAUAGUUGACUUACAAUAUUGUGUUACUUUCAAAUGUAUAGCAAAGUGGUUCAGUUAUAUAUUUUUCCAGAUU